AUGUCGGUCGAUUCCACGAUGUGCAUCGUAACCACCCCCCCCAGCACGACCGACACAACCUCGACAAACGGUACUGGUGCGUCGGGGUCACAACCAGCCAAAAAGAACACUCGGGGGCCUUGUCGGCAAUUGAAGAUGGCAAAGGUCACUCAGGUGACUAACAGUCGUAUCAACAUCGAAUACGACGAGCGGCAUCGGGCUGCACCAACUGCGGAAUUGCAUAGCUCAUUGGCCCAUGACAUUGGUCACGUCAUUCGGACCCAUUGCCCAAUGAAAUGGAAGUCUUGGAAAGUCAUGCCUAACAAGAUGAGGAUGAAGGUGCUCGAACAGUUGUCGACCAACUACAAUUUAGAAGACCUCGACUACGAGUCAUUGGCGUACGUCAACAGACUCUUUGCUGAGAGGUACAAGCAGUGGAAGACUUACACCACCAUUUUCAGGCAUUUGAUGAUCCGCAGGUCACUCUUCAUGACGGUUGCCUGCGGGAGCUUGAGAGGUGAGAAGAUAGUUGGGCGUGGCUCUGCGAAGAAGGCCCAAGCAAAUAAGGGUAAUAGGAACAAGAAGACUCUUCUCCACCAUUCAGGUUCCAGGCCCUUCUUCUAUAAGAUGGACGUGCGGCGGCGGGGGGGUCCAAAUUCCCAUAGAUCAACGUCUUUGCCGACAUUUAUGUUCGACUUGGGAAUGAGUUGGCUGAGUCCUUUCAUACGACGAUGGUGGAGAAGAGCUAGUUGGUUCUUCAAGAGUCCGCCUCCCAACUUCCUCGCGAUACUCCACUCGAGUCUGUGGAUCCUCCACAAGAUGCAAGGUUCAGAUUCUAACCGAGACCUUGGAUCAGACUCUCGAGAGGAGGCCAGGGACAUAUUGUCGCGGGAUGGGGAAUGCCCAGUGGUGGGAACCUAG